AUGUACGUCGCACUGUGGUACAAGAACGGAAAGCCGGUGCACGGCUACGCAUGGAACGAUGCUGGCGUUGUACAAGCUUCAUUUCCGUACGGCAAGGCUGAGCUCACAGGGAAAGUAGAUCUUGGCGGCAUGAUUCAGGUGCUGCAGUACAACGGAGACCAUAACUCGCUCGGCUAUUGGUACGAGUGGAUCAAGUACAAGGACCGCUUCGAAAAGACCGAUGAACGUCAACUGGUUCGGUGCGGCGACUCGAUGCCCAUUCUAUGGGUUAAUCGUCCUGGUGGAACACUGCUCGGCACCUUGAACAUGAAGACGGAAGAAGCCUACUUUUCACAAGCUGGAAAGGCGGAAUGCGUCCUUGGAAAACCGCUCUCGGAGAUGAUGAUCAUCGUUCGAAAUCUAAAGGGGUCUCCACCGUGGUGCCCUUGUGAUACGUGUCUAACGGAACAGUUGACAGCACACUAUGGCAAUGAGGGCAACGUAGAAGACGAGACCGAGCAGGGGCCAGCAGCAGAAGAAGGAGCACCAGGGAGUAUAGGACAAGCGGAAACCGGAACAGGAGCGACUACAGCAAACAGCACAGCGGAGGACGGAACAGGAGCCACUUCAGCAAACGGCACAGUGGAGGACAUAUACGCGUCCCUAGAUUCACUUAAUCUCUGA